AUGAAAGUAACCACUGCCACUGCCUUGGUUGCCUGGGCGGCAACGGCCCUAGCCUACCCCAAGGUCCGCUCAGCGCUGAGAGGCAGCUGCCCAGGCCUCGAGGACAUUCAGGCGCUCGGGAGGAAGCUCUCAUCGACAGCUCAUAUCUACUUCCCCGGCUCCGAUGAGUUCGUCCUAGCAUCAAAACGCUGGUCGCAACUCGAAGCUCCCAAGGUUGAUAUCGUCGUGGUCCCGGGGACGGAGAGGGAUGUUUCCGAGACGGUAAUCUUCGCAAAUAACCGAAAUGUUCCGUUCCUGGCGUUCAACACCGCCCACGGCGCCAUCACUACUCUCGGCCAGAUGACCCAUGGCAUUGAAAUCUGGCUGAACCAAUUGAGCGGUGUUCAGAUUUCCAGCGAUGGAAAAACGGCAAAGAUCGCCGGUGGCACUCAGUCCAAGGUGCUCAUUGACACGCUCUGGGCCAAUGGAAAACAGGCAGUGACUGGAACCUGUGAGUGUGUUAGCUAUAUGGGGCCCGCACUCGGGGGUGGACACGGGUGGCUUCAGGGACACCAUGGUCUCAUCGCCGAUCAGUUCGUUUCUGUGAACAUCGUUCUGGCAGAUGGAACCCUCAGGACAAUCAAUGCGAACUCUGACCUCUGGUGGGCCAUCAAGGGCGCUGGCCAUAACUUUGGCAUCGUAACAUCUGCCACUGUUAAGAUUUUCGACAUCGAGCAUACCAACUGGGCUGUUGAGACUUUCAUCUUCAGUGGCGAUAAGGUGGAGGAGGUGUACCAAGCCGCCAACGACCACCUCCUCAAGAAUGGCACCCAACCUGUCGGUGUCAUUAACUGGUCGUACUGGCUCAACAACCCUGAUGCUGACACUGAGAAGCCCAUCAUCCUGUUCUGGGUCAUCCAGGAAGGAGUAACUAGUGUCGACCCGAUCUACACACAACCAUUCCACAAUAUUGGACCGAUCGUUGCGGAACCAAGCAGUGGAAGUUACCUCGAUGUGUCCACGUGGACUGGCAUCUCCCUCGAUGCUGCACCCUGCCAAAAGGCCGGCUUCGCCAAUCCUCGCUUCCCCCUGUACCUCAAGUCAUAUAACGUCUCUGCCCAGAGGCAAGCCUACGACCUCUUCGCAUCCUCAAUUGGUGGAUUCGGAUCUACCCCCUUCUCCAACUCCCUCUUCAUGUUCGAGGGCUAUUCCAUGCAAGGCGUACAAGCUAUCGACAGCCAGUCAUCCGCCUUCGCUUUCCGACAGGAUAACCUUCUCACCGCCCCACUAAUUACCUACGAGCCAGCUGGGUCACAGCUUGACGCGCAGGCGGCGGCCCUCGGUUCGCAGCUUCGCCAAAUUCUCUUCGAGGCUAGCGGCCAAGACGUCAUGCACACAUACGUCAACUACGCCUUCGGCAAUGAGAACCCGUCGCAAUGGUAUGGUAGCGAGGCAUGGCGCCAAAAUCGCUUGAAGCAGUUGAAGAACAAGUACGACCCUAAGCGCAAGUUCAGCUUCUACGGCCCCAUUGCCUAA